CUCCUGCUCCACCUGCUCUGUGCCGUGCACCUGCGUCUGCGGCCGGCCUCUCUUCCCGCCAGCAGCGUCGCCCAGCCCUCGCACGGCACGGCGCCGGCAUGCCGUUCCGCCCAGCCGUCGCCAGCGUGGCGCUGCUCUCCAAGGCGCUCUGCUCGACGUGGUGGGCGCGCAGCGUGACGGUGCGCGGCCUUGACGGUUUUCUCGCGCGCCUGUACGACGAGCGCCGCCGCGCCGAGGGCCGGGGCCUGCUGACGUAUGCCAACCACAUCUCCGUCAUGGACGACCCCGGCCUCUUUGGUUGUCUGCCGUUCCGCACCUUUCUGCGGCCCGAGACGACGCGCUGGACGCUCGGCGCCGCCGAUGUCAUGUUCACGAACCCCGUCUUUGCGCACUUCUUCCGCGCCGGCCAGGUGCUGCCGACGGACCGCGGCCGCGGCGUCUUCCAGCCGGCGCUCGACGCCGCGCUCGACCGCCUCGCCGCCGGCGACUGGGUGCACCUCUUUCCCGAGGGCUACGUCAAUAUGAGCCGCCGCGCCCUCUGCCGCCGCUUCAAGUGGGGCAUCGGGCGGCUGCUGCUCGAGGCCGAGCCGCACGCGCGGCCAGUCGUCUGUCCCAUCUGGAUCGAGGGCUUCGACUCGGUCAUGCCCGAGCCGCGCGGCCCGCCGCGCUGGUUCCCGCGCCCUGGCGCCGACCUGCAGAUCACCUUUGGCGAGCCCGUCGAGGAUGCCCUCGAGCCGCUGCUGCGCCCCGGCGCCCUGCUCGAGCUCGCCGACACGCACCCGGCGCCGCCGGCCGCGUCGUUUCCCCCGCCGACGCCGCUUGCUGCGCCGCCGUCCGGAGGGUAUGCCCUGCCGCUGGCCGGCUCGCGCUCGCAGCGCAGCCUGGCGCUCGGCGGCGACAGCCCCGAGAUGCGGGAGCGCCGCAGCGCCGUCGCCCGCAAGCUGCGCGAGGAGCUGCUGCUGCUCGGCGAGCGCGCCGGCGGGCCGGGCGUGCGCCAGCUGGCGCACCGAGCCAUGAAGGAGGAGAGCGCUUAGGACCUGGCAAGCACCCAUAGAGACGCACUGCAACCCGACUCGCUAAUCGCAAUCGCAUAGAGCCAGCAGCACAGGGACGGAUAAUG